AAAGUUAAACUCUUAAUUAUGAAAUAACAUGUCAAUAUAUUUUGGAAAAAUUACUGAUGGUUUGUUGAAAUAACUGUAUCAAAGAAUUAUUUAUUAAAAAGAAAUAUACGUAUUGAAAAUAUUUAUUUACAAAAUGGGUAUUGAAUUGGAGCGGUUUGUUGAUUCUAUGGUUCACGAUGCUAGUUGCUUCAUAUGCAGUUGCAUUUUAGAAGAUCCAUUAGAAAUUAAUCCUUGCGGACAUCAUUUUUGCCGGGGUUGCUGGCUUAAUUGGAGUACCAAAAAUUCUUGUUGUGCAUUCUGUGGCGCCAGUGUAGUUGGAGUUAAAGAUUCAAGACUCUUAUGGAGUCUGAUUCAAAAUCACAAUGUAUAUUGCAUCCAAAAAGAAAAAGGAUGCCCAGCGAUAUAUAAGUUUGGUUUUAACAAACUACACGAAGGGCAGUGUUUGUAUCAGGGCUAUAAUCGUGUGGAGUUAAAUGAUAAAUGCACCGUUUGUGAAAAUGAUUCGGGUAUGACUCACGAUUGUUUAAAAGAAUUAUCAUUAAAAAUGAAACAAUGCUCGAUAAGAAUAAUAAAUCUCGAACACGAAAAUCAACAUCUGUCCUAUAAGUUGAUGAACAGAGAAAAAGAAUAUUUGGAACGAAUUUCAGAAAUCGAAAGUCAAUUUUAUGAAGAGUCUUUAAAAUAUAAUAAAGAAAUACGGGACCUACGGUUACGAGCUGCUGCUACUCAAGGAGAACAAGGCAAGAAAAAUAAUCAAAUAUAUUACGUACAUAUCGAUCUAGAAAGACUUAAUGGAAGUCUGGGUUUCAAUAUAAUGGGAGGUGCAACACAGGACGAUAAGCAUUCUGAUGGUAUUAUUGUAUCUAGAAUUGUUGAAGGUGGUGCUGCUGAUGGUAAAUUACAGCUUCAUGAUUGUAUUUUGGAGGUUGAUAGUGUAGAUUUAAGAAGUGCAACACACGAACUAGCUGUAAAAGCAUUUCGCGAAUCUGGAAACCCUGUAAAAAUGCUUGUUCGACGACAAAUAAGUAAAAGCGCAACAAGUGACUUUGUUGAUGUUGGUACGCAAACGUUUGGAGUCAUGUUUGCUGUUACCUGCGAAGAAGAAUUUAACGAGAAACAUACUAAUUCUUUUUGCAAACCACAAGAGACACUAUGCAAGUUUAGCAAUCAAAAACGUUGGCUUAAUCCUCACGAGUUUACGGAAUCAAUUCAUAAAGAGGGUGUGAGCAUGAUGAGUCAGCAAAAUUCAGAUACAAACAAAAACGAGCAGUAUGAUUCCGCAUAUGAUACAUUACUUACGCAAAAGUCAUCACGGAGCGUACGACUCGAUACGACACGCAACUCCCAAGUUUCACACGAUACGACACGAGUUGCAUCUCCAACAGAUUCGAUUGAUAAAAGCACAACACGUUCAUCUCCGGUUUUGAAAAACAAUGAUAACACAUCAGGUGUCACACUAAGAAACAAAAUUAAAACUGAACAAGCUGAGAACAACCGGCUUAGUACAUUUUACAUUCUUCCCUCAGAUAUAUCUGCAAAGGAAUGGAAUGACGUUGAAAAAGUUGUCAAUUUUGAUUAUGAUUUUGAGUACGAGGAAGUUGUUUUGAAAAAAUCAAAUGGGAAGUUUGGCCUAUUACUUUGUGUAGGUGGUGAUGAAAACGACGUAGCUGUUUACGUUGGAGACUUAGAGGAAGGCUCCGAGGCUGAAACUACGGGGAAAGUUAUGGUUGGCGACCAAAUUGUACAGAUUAAUGGCUGUCAAGUAAAAAAUGUUGAAAAUGCAUACAAAAUUUUACAAGAAAACGAGACCAUUACUCUAGUGGUAGCUAGAGCAGUUUAUGAGCAACAAAGUGAUUGUUUUGACGAAGCAGAAGAGACUGAUUUAGAUUUAUUAGAUAGCAUAAAUGAAGAAGCAGAAUCUCAUUAUUUAUCUUUAAGUAAUCCCGUUAAACUGUUAGAUAACGCAACAUAUGAUAAUAAAGCGUUUUCUUAUAAAAAUCAUAUUUCUGAAAAAUGUCAACAUGCAAAUGAAAAAAAUUUGGGAAUCGCUCCAGUUACAAAUAAUAAUAAUGAUAAUAAUAUUGAGCGUUUACGAGAGGAAAUCAUAGAUAACACAAAAAGCGAAAAAAUGACGUCAGUUUUAAAAAACUUUGUCCGAAAUAAAUUUGGAAAUUCAGAAAAAACGGAUAAGCGUUCUAGUUGCGGAAGCGACGAAUCAAAAGAUCAAAACAAAAUACCUCGUUGUGAUAGUAAUUCGUCUUCUACAAGUGGGAAAAGCAUUAAAACACAAUUAAAUGAAGAGUCAGCAUUUAUAAAAGAGCAGAAGCAUUUAUCAAAAAUGAAAGCUUACUUAGAUUCUCCUUCGAUCGCAAGACACAGAGUAAAUCAAAAAAUUAUUCAACCAAGAUCAUCAAUCAAUCUAGAAACUUAUCAAGCAAUAAGUUGUAGGAAUACAAAAGAAGUUGAUCAAUGCAAUUUACCUGUAAAGCAAUUUUCUAGCACUUACACUUUGCCAUGUACAGAAAAUACGGAUAAAUCAUUAAAUAAUCGCCGAUACUGUGAUAGUAUUAGUAGUUUGCGUUCUUCUAUGAAAACUAAUUUAGUAUCAAAUAAAACUAAACCCGAGAAACAUGUUCAAAUAGACUCUCAUCCAGGAUGGAAUGCUACCGAGAAAAGAGUUUGGGAAGAAUUUAAAAUAAUACAAAGCAUGGAAGCAAAAGAAAACUCACUAGAUCCAACGAAAAUAGAGGCUGAAUGGAGAGUUCGGCGCUCCAAAGACGGAAAACAUGUCUAUAUUAAAAAAACUAAUUCAAACCGCAAUAAAGUUUUAAAAGAGAGAGAGGAUGAAAUAAACAAAGAGCGUUGCGGCAUGACUACCGAUGACGAUGCUUUUACUAUAUACCAAGGACAAUAUUGGGACCGAGAUCAAAGAAAAAGACAGUUAGUGCGGCACCAAGAUCGUCGUCAAAAACUUUUAGAAAAAGCUGCAAUAAAAGCUACAUACCAAAAUGAAACUGGACGUAAAAUUGCAGAAUUUGUUCAACGAAAUAUGACGCUACCAGGUGCCGUAUUUGAUAAUUUUAUCACUAUUGAAGAAAUUUUAUCUCAAAGGAACAGAUCUGGAAUAUUUAAUGGUCCUAUACACGUCACAACAAUAUAAAUUAUUAUUAUUUUUUUUUGUAAAGAUAUUCAUUUAUAUUUU